GUGAGCCACGCCCCCUCUGGGGGAGGGUCGCGCCCCACCCCAUCCCACCUCUCCCUACGCUGGGGGAGGAGUGACAGCCUUCCCUCCCAGGUGCAGCCCAGGAGGGCAGCAUGACCCCCCCAGCCUGGGGGGUUCCGCCCAGGGAAGCAGCAUCCUUAGCAGUUGCCAUGGCAACGAGGAGGAGGUGAUGGAGAGGCUGGUCCCUUGAGGUGACAGAUGACCUCUCCACCCCCUCAUCUUGCCCCCUUCUCUGCCAUGGCCCUGCACAAAGGUCCCCCAGGGCUGCUCCUGACCUUGACCUUGCACUCAGCCCUGACUCUGAGCCCCCUCCCCGGGGCAUCCUUCUUCCUUCAAUGGGACUACUGCAUCCUGGGCGCUGGCCCCGCAGGCCUGCAGAUGGCCUAUUUCCUGGGGCAGGCUGGCAGGAACUACGUGGUGUUCGAGCGGGCAGGGGCACCGGGCAGCUUCUUCACCCGCUACCCCCGCCACCGAAAGCUCAUCAGCAUCAACAAGAGAUAUACAGGCAAGGUCAACAGCGAGUUCAAUCUUCGCCAUGACUGGAACUCCCUGCUGAGCCAUGACCAGCGCCUGCUCUUCCGCCACUACUCCAAAGCCUACUUCCCCCACGCCGAUGACAUGGUGCGCUACCUGGGGGACUUUGCGGACAGGCUGAGUCUCCGGGUGCGCUACAACACGGCCAUCGUCCACGUCACGCUCAGCAAGAACCCGCACGCCUGGAACGGGCACUUCUUCAUCCUCACUGACCAGAGGGGCCACAGCUACCAGUGCAGUGUGCUCUUUGUGGCUACAGGUGUGUCUGUCCCCAACGAGAUUGACUUCCCAGGGUCAGAGUAUGUGGAGGGCUAUGAGUCAGUGUCUGUCGACCCAGAGGACUUUGUGGGCCAAAGCGUACUGAUCCUGGGCCGUGGGAACUCGGCCUUCGAGACAGCUGAAAACAUCCUGGGCUACACCAACUUCAUCCACAUGGUGGGGCGCUCCCGGAUCCGCCUGUCCUGGGCCACACACUAUGUUGGAGACCUGAGAGCAGUCAACAAUGGUCUCCUGGACACGUACCAGCUGAAGUCCUUGGAUGGCCUGCUAGAAACCGACUUGAAGGACCUGGCCAUCGUGAAGGACAGUAAGGGUAGACUUCGUAUCACCCUGCCGGUCUUCAUGGACAGAGCCAGCAAGAACGCCCCCGCUGAGGCCGUCUCCCUCCCCCAGGAUGAGGUGGACAACUUUGCCAUGCGGGUGCCCUACGACCGCGUGAUCCGCUGUCUGGGCUUUACCUUCAACUUCUCGAUCUUCAACGGCACUCUUGGAUUGGCCCCAGGAAAAGGGCAGAAAAAAAAGUACCCACUGAUCAAAGCCAGUUAUGAGUCCAAAAGAACCCGCGGGCUCUUUGUUCUAGGCACCGCCAGCCAUUCUGUGGACUACAGGAAGUCUGCUGGAGGUUUCAUCCACGGAUUCCGAUACACAGCCCGAGCAGUUCACCGAUUAUUAGAGCAUCGCCAUCACGGCAACCCCUGGCCUUCCCCCGUGUACCCCAUCACACAGCUCACCAACACCAUCAUCCGUCGAGUGAAUGAGGCCUCGGGCUUAUACCAGAUGUUCAGCGUGCUGGCGGAUGUAGUCCUUCUGAAGGAGAAGGCCACAGGCUUCGAGUACCUGGAGGAAUACCCCAUCAAGAUGCUGGCCGAGCUGGAGACCCUCACUGGGCGGGAAGCUCAGCACGGGCUCUUUGUUGUCACGAUGGAAUACGGCAAGAACUUCUCUGGACCAGACAAGGACGUCUUCUAUUACGACCGGGCUGUGGGGGACGUGGAAGAUGCCUGGCAGUCCAACUUCCUUCACCCGGUCAUCUACUACUAUCACUGCCUCCCCACCGAGAAGGAGAUGGCGUCCCGGGCCCCAGGCUGGCCCCUGCCUCGGCCAGUCGCCAUCCACCACAUCGUGGAGGAUUUCCUCACAGACUGGACCGCGCCCAUGGCCCACAUCCUCCCUCUGAGGCGUUUCUUGGAAAACUGUCUGAAUAGCGACCUUCGAAGCUUCUACGCAGAGUCCUGUUUCCUGUUCGCUCUAACACGCCAGAAGCUGCCCCCCUUCUGCCAGCAUGGGUACAUGAACAUGCAAGGGCUCGUGGCAAAUGAGAGACUGAGGCGCCACGGGAUCGAAAGUGGUCUCAUGGAGGACUACAGCGCUGUUGGUGAACAGCCACUUGACCAGAAGCCGGGAGACCCCGGGAUUCCAGUUCACCCAUCCCAGCAUGCCACCAGCAUUAAGGAAGAUCUCUGACCUAUAAGAGACUCGGGCAGGGACCUUUACCCAAGUCCUUCCGAGCCUGGGGGAACCAGCCCCUUCCACAGGCUUCCAGCUGCCAAAGACUCGCUCAGACCAUUGUGAGCGAUAGGACCAAAGCAGUGUGGAGGAGGAGGAAAGGUGGAACACGGGGGCACGAUGCCCCCUCUGUCCAGAUCCAGGACCUGGCACAUCCCUGUUUGGGGCAGCGUGCCCGAGCACCGGGUCCUCCUCAGGCUUGGAGCCAUCGUCCCACCUCGUGCCUGUCUCCAAUCCAACGCUCUCUGAGCCACCAUUUUACCUAAUCACGUCACCUUUGACUCAGCUGUUCUCUGCUUCUCUGGGGAGGUGGGGUUCUCUUCAGAGGCCUCCUCUGAGGAUCCACUCUGCAGGUGACAUGCCGUCUUCCCAGGAGCACCCUCCCCACUGUGUCCCACCAGAUUGGGCGUGAGGUCUCAGAGCUCAGGGACCAGCGGAGGCCGGUUCCCCCCAAGUGCCAUCUCUGCCCCUGGCCCUGCAUCCAGUCCGGUGUUUGUCCCAAUUUGUGCCCAGUAUGAAAUGCCUUUCCAGUAGCCCCUGCCUGAACCUCCCUGAAGCACUUCUCAUUUUCCUCCUGUGAUCCCAGCUCUGCCCUCUUGGCACCGUGCCUGGUACCUCCCCGGCGCACCCACUCAUAUAAGGAUAGACUGAUCAUGUUGUCUCCUCUAGCACAAUGCUAUGUAAUUAGCUCCUUAAUCCCAUCUCCGCAAUUUUUUGCACAGGGCCUAGCACAGCUCUGCCUCGUCAGCCCAGAGUGUUUUCUGACAGGGAGGUGGAAAACUUGGCUUCUUUUCUCGCUGAAGUCGAGAGGUUUCUCUUCCCUCUCCGUCCUCCGUUCUGCUCCCUGUUGUUUUCGCCACACUUCCUCAGCAAGUCUGUGCAUGGGUUCCCUCCCCUUCUUCUCCAGGCACCCUGGAUCCCAUUUCCAUAUUGCUUUGCAGUCCACAGAGCCUGGGCAUAUGGGGAUCAGCAUCCCCGUUUCACAGAUAGGGAACCUGAAGCCCCAGGGGUCAAGUGACUUGCCCAGAUUCACAUAGGGGUUUGGUCCCAGAACCAGGAUUUGCACCCAGGUCUUCUGACUUACAAUCCUCCGGUUCCUCUUUUGUACCAAGUCACUUAAACCCUUAUGUAAAUAAAGGAAAAAAACCUUUUUUAUUUUGUCUGGAUCACAAGUGAACAAAUAGAAAGCAUUUGUGAAUUAGGGAGUGCUCCAAGUGGAGUAUGGAGGUGACUUUCUAGAGGCUGGCUGGUGGAGGAGAGAGCAGUUCUCUUGGCCAUGGCAACAUGUGAACAGAGUAAUUUUUUUCCUCCCUCGAGAUUAGACAGACACACUCAAUUUUCUCCCUGCUUCUUCAUCAUACAUCAGCACAGAGCAGCUCUUUCCUUAGGUCCAAAUGCCAACCAAGACAGGCCCUCCUUGAGUUCCGUGUCCUGGGGCUCCCACCCACACUCUCUGCGCUGUUGUCCAGACGCAGGAUUCUUUAACACCCUGCAGGCAGAGGCCCAUCUGCGUUGGGUUGGACACAGCAAAAGCUCCCAUCAGUCAAGGAGGAGUCAUCAGCAGCAAAAAUUAGAAACGACCCUAAGACCACGAAUGGAUUAACUUGUGUCCAUCUGCUUUUCGGGCUACUCACUAGCAUGGAUGGCUCCCUAUUGCCAGGGAACAAAAUUGAUGCUGAUCCACGAGAAUUCUAAGUUAAAGCAAGAUACGUGUUUGGUGACCACAUGGCUUCUCCUGGUUCGUCUGUAAAUAGAUAAGGCUGAGCUUAAUCCUCAAUCCUAUUAUACCCGUAGUUCCUACCCGGCUGAGCAGGCAUAUAAACUUUCAGAAAGGCGGUUUUAAAUCAGCUUUGUUAAUAAGAAUCCAAGCUACUGUCAUCACCACUGAUUUACUGUUGUCUAAGUAUGACAUCUGCUGUUUUUCUUCAUCUGCUAAUUCAAUCAGCAUUCCCACCAGAUUGAUUCACUGUUAAUAAAACCAUGAUUCCAUUGUCUGCA